UUGCUACUCCACACACACCGUACGUGUCUCUAUCACGUGUCCCUCUUGUGAAUCUGCAGCUGUGACGGUGAAGCUUUGCCUUGCUUGCUUUGGUCCAUUAUUAUUUAUUGACAUUGUCUCGUCUCUUCUUCACUUGAGUCGGCAGAGGCCAGACAGAGAGAGUGAGCUCUCUUGCUUUUUUCAGCUAGCUAGCUACCUCCACUGUUACUGUUGCUGCUGCUGCUGCUGCAACAUCUCCAUCCGGCAUUGGAGAAUCCAAUCGAUCCAUUAAUUCCAGCCAUGUGUGGAGGAGGCCCCGACAAUCACCACGCCAUCACCGUCGCCGCCGACCUGCCGCCGCCGCCGCCGUCGGUGGUGGCGGUGGAGAUGGCGCCGCCGCGCGGCCACCGCCCCGGGAAGGAGGUGGAGUACAAUGAGGAGGAGGAGGACGACGACGACGAGUACGACGGCCGUGAGUUCGAGGAGGAGUUCCUCAGGUUCAGCAUGAUGGUGGAUGAGGAAGACGACGACGGCGACGACGACGACGAGGUGGAGGUGGAGAUCAUCGCCGUCGUCUCGCCGCCGCACCGGCCUCUCGUCGGAGCUAGAGGUACUACAUCAGCUGUUGAAUCUGUCACAAACCUUCAGGCAAGAACAUCACCUCUCCCAAAUCCGGUGGUGCCUCAGACCGGCACUAAAGCCAGCAAGCGCGGCGACAGCGGGGCAAAGGCGAAGCCGGCGGCGGCGAAGAAGAGGAGGAGCAAGCACGGGUUCCUGGGCGUCCACCAGCGCACGUAUGGGCGAUGGUCGGCCGAGAUCCGGGACAAUGUCAUCAAGGGCUCCCGCUUCUGGAUCGGCACCUUCGACACCGCGCUCGACGCCGCCCUCGCCUACGACGCCGUCUCCCGCAGGCUCUACGGCCUCAACGCCAAGACCAACUUCCCCGCUGCCGCCGGCGAAGACGACCUCCCUCCGCCGCCGCCGCCGGCGAAGCCCUGCAGCUCCACCAAGCGGCCAAAGAAAUGCAACACCAGUGGCGAUCUUGGCGCCGCCGCGGCGCCGCCGCAAGCCGUGGAUACUCCGGCGGCGGCAGCAGCUGGCGUGGAGCUGACAAGCCUACUGUGCAGCGUGGCGGCGCAGGCGCAGGAGGUGAGCGACGGGUGGGAGUUCAUCCAGGAGCUCCUCCUCCUCGGCGGCGGCGUUUCGCCGCUGGACUACCUCAACGGCCAGGAGCUCGCCGGCGCCGCCGUCGGCGAUCUCUGGAGCUUCUGAUCGACCAAUGCAAAGGUACGUGUCAUGUGUAUGCAGAUUACCACCUCGUUUUAAACGAGGUGGUAAUUAGUGCCAUGUGUAAUAAUUAAAACUUAAUUAUUUUUCAAGUUUGUAAUAAUUAAAACUUAAUUAAUCACACAUUAUUACCA